AUGGAAACAAAAAAUGCAAAUACGGCUUUGGAUAUUGCGUCACAGAAUGGCCACCGUUUGAACGUUCAGAUAUUACUAGAAAAUGGUGCAAAUGUCAAUCAUUGCACUAUACAACAAGCAACUGCAUUAUUCUAUGCGGCAGAUAAUGGUCACUAUGAAAUAGUGAUGCUACUUCUACGGAAGAAAGCAGAUGUGAAUAUCUGCACGAAAAACGGAAACAGUCCCUUGAUACGGGCUUCAUCUUGUGGAUAUGAAAAUAUAGUUCGCGAACUUCUGAGUCAUGGGGCUGAUGUUAACCAAUCCAAUGUUGCGGGGAUAACAGCACUGUAUUUGGCGUCUGAAAAUGGACAUACUGAUAUUGUAAAACUUCUGUUAGUCAACAAAGCAGAUGUCAACUUAGGUAAAAAAGAUGGAAGCACUUCAAUGUAUAUUGCAUCUCGAUAUGGGCAUCAUGGAAUUGUUCAAGAACUGUUAAAACACGGUAAAAAUAUCAAUGGCACGAGCUCGAAAAACCCUUUGUUAAUAGCCUCCUAUUUCGGACAUUAUGACAUUGUUGAAAUUCUUUUGGGAAACGGGGCGAAUGUUAACGUGCAGGAUGACGUUGGAGACACUCCUUUGAUAACUGCGUCGAGAAAGGGAUGGAGUGGAAUCGUGAAAAUUCUUCUGAAGUUCGGAGCCGAUGUCACACUCUGCAACGAAGAAGAUGACGAAAAUGCUUUACACUACGCAUGUUUUCGAGGUCAUACAGACGUGGUGAAAAUACUACUUGAUCAUGGAAUGGAUAUUGAUGACUAUGACGAAUACACGAACACGCCUUUACAGAAAGCUUUAGAAGGGGAACAUCUGAUGACUGCAUUGUUUUUGUUAGAUCAUGGCGCAAAUGUGAACAUUGUAGCAUGUGACACAUCUGCUCUUUAUUUAGCAUGCGACAUCGGAUUUAAGGAAGUAGUGGAUAUUCUUCUAGAGGCCAAUGCAGAAGUUAAUCCCAAGAACCCCGACGGUUCUUCUGCAUAUUCUCCUCUUUUUGCUGCUGUCGGGAAUGGUUAUUUUCAAAUUACCAAAGAACUUUUACGCCAUGGGGCUAAUAUCAUCGAUACGAAAAAAUUUGGUGGGGAAACCUUGCUAGUAAAGGCCAUUGAGUCUCGAAAUUCUGGGAUAGCAAAGCUUCUCAUCGAACAUGGAGCUAACGUCAACGAACAAGAUGAACGUGGAAACACAGCUCUGCAUGCAAGCGCUUAUUAUACUGACACCCUAGAUUGCAUGACAGUUCUAUUGAACAACAAUGCCAAUCCAAAUGUUUCCAACUGUGACGGAAUUACUCCAAUGUUGAUGGCACUGGAAACACGACCCGAGAAAAGGGAUCGAAUUCAGGCUCUCGUUGAUCAUGGAGCUAAUAUUAAUGCUCGAGAUAAUUCUGGAUAUUUUGCACUGCAGUCGGCUUGUAUAUUCCCUGAUCAAGAUAAUGUUGUUGCAUAUCUACUGAAAAAUGGCGCCAAUAUCAAUGCACGUAAUGGAAAUGGAGAAACUGCUCUCUAUGCAGCAUCCAACACUGGCUAUCUUCGGAAUGUGAAAACACUCCUUCAGUAUGGGGCAGACAUUAAUCUUUGUUCAAAAACUGGACUUAGUCCACUUGAUAUUGCGACGAAAUUAGGAAACACAAAACUGAAAAAGUUUCUUCAGAAAAAAAUACACGAGGGGAAAAAUAACAGUAUUUCUGAUUCACAGAGAGAGAUUGUCGUGGCCAAGCAGAGUUCGGUAGCAACAGCUCUUCCAAGGAGAAGAAACUUUGCAAAGCUAACAAAGACAUUGCGCCAAAAGAGAUUUUAG